UUCUCUCUCCUCUCUCCUCUCUCCUCUCUACAGGGGUUCGGUUGUAUAAAUAAAGAUUUCUCAAAGAUUUGUAUGGAGCAUAAAACAACAGUAUGAUCAAACUAUGUAUGCUUAUAUACCCACAACCCAUUUACCCUUCAUUUUCUUUCUCCUUCAAUCUCUGAAUUCUGAUAAACAAUAAUCCCCCAAAGAUCUUCACAACACCAAUCCUCAUCAUUCGAAUUUCAAAAUUCGAAGACACAUCAACUUUCACUCUUUUUAGUACUUGUUUAGAACCGAAUUGAAAUUCAAUCAGUCAAGCAAUGGCUGUGAAGAUGAUGAAGUGGCGACCAUCGAAGAAAUUUGAAGCGAAGAUCAUCGUUUGUCGGCUUGAAGGCCUGUGUAGAUUGUCAGGAAAAGGGUCGGAAAUCGAAGAAUUUGGGCGAUUGGCGGUUGAGAUUAAGUGGAAGGGUUCGAAGAGUAAUGGGCUGAGUUAUCUGAGGCGAAGUGUGAGGAGGAAUUAUGCGAAAGAGGAGAGUAUGAGAGAGGAUGGGGUUGUGGAAUGGAACGAGGAGUUUCGGAGUGUUUGUAGCUUUUCGGCGUAUAAGGAGGGCUCGUUUCAUCCCUGGGAAGUCACAUUCACGGUCUUCAACGGCUUGAACAAAGGACCAAUUAACAAGGUACCUGUUGUUGCAACUGCAUCAUUGAACCUCGCAGAAUUCGCUUCGGCAAAUGAAGAAAAAGAGGUCGAAAUUAGCAUUCCUCUCUUGGUCCCUGGUGGCAGCAGCCAGUGCAGCCCCUCACUUUGUUUAUCUCUCAGCUUUCUGGAAUUAAGGACUUCCCAGGAACCCUUGGAGACAGUCCAGAGAUCAGUAGCAUCUUUUGCAUCAUCACCGCAAUCUGCAGAUGCUUUAUCAACUGAGAAAGAUGAGGUUUCUGCUCUUAAAGCAGGUUUGAGAAAAGUAAAAGUUUUCACAGAAUACGUUUCAGCUCGAAGAACGAAGAAGGCAUGCCGUGAAGAAGAGGGCAGUGACGGGAGGAUUUCUGUCAGAAGUGAGGAUGCUGAGUACAAUUACCCGUUUGACACGGACUCGCUCGAUGAUCUUGAUGCAGGGGAAUCAGAGGAAGGAAAAGAGGAUUCUAGUGUUCGGAAGUCUGUCAGUUAUGGAUCAUUGACUUAUGCAAAUUUUGCUGGAGUGUCGGCUUACUCGAAUGCAACCAAUAGUGAAGACGAGGACUGGAUCUACUAUAGCAAUCACAAAUCAGAUGCAGGGAAUUUGACUGCAUCGGUCAAUGAUCAGUGGUUGCGACAGAGUUCAAAGCGCAGUAUCCUCCCUUGGAAAAAGAGGAAGUUGAGCUUCAGAUCGCCCAAAGCCAAGGGAGAGCCUCUGCUCAAAAAAGAUUGUCGAGAAGAAGGUGGAGACGACAUUGAUUUUGAUCGCCGACAACUUAGUUCCUCUGAUGAAUCCACUUUUGAGCGAAAUAAAGCAGAAGAUUCAACUGCAUAUGGUGGAUCAUCAGCGGCCUCUGAAUUUGGGGAUGACAAUUUCGCAGUAGGCAGCUGGGAGAAAAAGGAAGUAAUAAGCCGUGAUGGACAAAUGAAGCUCGAAACCCAAGUUUUCUUUGCAUCAAUCGAUCAAAGGAGUGAACGGGCUGCAGGUGAGAGUGCAUGUACAGCCCUGGUUGCCGUCAUUGCUGAUUGGUUCCAGUCCAAUCCCAAGCAAAUGCCUAUCAAGUCCCAACUAGACAGCCUGAUCCGAGAAGGUUCCUUAGAAUGGAGGAAUCUCUGUGAAAAUGCUACCUACAUGGAGCGUUUUCCCGACAAACAUUUUGAUCUUGAGACAGUCCUUGAAGCCAAAAUUCGAUCUCUCUAUGUGGUUCCUGAGAAAUCCUUCAUUGGAUUCUUCCACCCAGAAGGACUAGAAGAGGUGGAAGAAGGUUUUGACUUCCUCCAUGGUGCUAUGUCCUUUGACAGCAUAUGGGAUGAGAUCAGUCAUUCUGGGUUGGACAAUGCUAGCAAUACUGACCCUCUGAUCUACGUUGUAAGCUGGAAUGAUCAUUUUUUCAUCUUGAAGGUCGAACAGGAUGCUUACUACAUCAUCGACACAUUGGGUGAGAGGCUUUACGAGGGUUGCAACCAAGCCUACGUCCUCAAAUUUGAUAAAGACACAACAAUACAACGCCUUCCUAAAGAGGCACAAUUGUUGGAUGACAAACCAACGAAUGAAAAUGUGGCAUCAAGGGAAGAAGGGACAGAGAUUGCCAUCACCAAUAAGUCGGAGGAAGAAGAAUUGGUUGAGUACAUCAAGAGGUUUUUGGCUGCAAUACCGAUUAGGGAAUUGCAGGUUGACUUGAAGAAGGGGCUGAUGGCAUCAACGCCUCUUCAUCAUCGGCUACAAAUUGAAUUUCACUACACGCAGUGCUGCUUGGAGGAGCCUGUGGAUUGGUUUUCGUUGGUGCAAGCAACGGCUGAUGAUACAUUGGCAAUAUCUUCAUUGGCUGUUGUUUAGGGGUUCAAAUCCUAUAAACUUCGUGUUAAUUAUCAAGUGUUAAUAGCCUAACCCUUCUUUGUGUUUUUGCUGCAUGUUUUUAGAUGAAAUUGAAAAGCUCUAUUUUCAUCUUUUCUUUUUUGCCAUAAAUUUCUUCUUUCACACAAGUGGUUUUAUUUAAUCCUCUUUUUUUCCCCAUUUCUUUCUUAGGGAUGAUGAUGAUGAUGUAACUGACUGUUCAUACUGCUAAUAGCUUUCUCUUAUUUAGCUGUGACUUCUGAUGUUGAU